UAUAACGAAAGAAUUCAAUCAGGAAGUAUCACUUUCAAUUUGACUGCAAAUGUAACAAAGUCUUGUUUAAGUUUUUGGUAUCAAAGCUCUGGCAAUACGAGUGCUACAAAUACUAUUGGCGUUUAUUUGAUCUCAAAUGAAAGAGUCAUGCUCAUGUGGAAUGAUACGCUAAAGCAUGAUUUGUUCUGGAACAAAGCUCAGUCAACUGUUAAUCUUACUCAUGGAAAUUAUACAAUAGUCUUAAAAGUACUCGUCGAUUCAUACCCAGGUUAUGUUGCCUUAGAUGAUAUUUCAGUUGUUCUUGGAGAAUGUGUCAAACAAGGUAUUUCUUCUCAAAUGAGCUCCUGUGGCAAGCGCAAGGUACUCCCUGGAUCUCAGUCUCCACAGUCUCUCAUUGUAGGAGGAACAGAGGCUACACCAAACUCUUGGCCAUGGAUAGUUAGUUUGACUCGAAGAGGCUCUAUUCAUUGUGCAGGAUCAAUUAUUGACAAAUAUUGGAUUUUGACAGCAGCUCAUUGUCUUGUACAGUCAACAAUACCUGCAACUUUUUUCACCGGAAUUACAAUAAAUGUUGCUGAUCAUAGAACAGAUACAACCAGUGUUUAUGAAUACUCUUUGACGUCAGUGGCCAUGUAUAUUCAUCCUAAAUAUUACGUAAACGGACCUGUAUAUUUUGCGGACUAUGACGUUGCUUUGAUGAAACUUCCGACACCUUUGAACUUUACCGAACGUGUCCAGCCUGUUUGUCUUCCUAGUCGAGAUGAUAUUUUUAAUGGAAAUGAUACAUGUUUUGUGAUUGGCUGGGGACGUACUGCAUCUGGCUCCACUUCUCCAUACUUACAACAGGUGAAACUUGAUGUUAUUAGUCUUCAAGAAUGCAAUAGUUUUAGCUUUUUUAACGGGAGAGUCUCACCGAGGUCAGUCUGUGGUGGUCGUAGAUCAGGUGGAGUCAGUGCUUGUAAUGGUGAUAGUGGGGGACCCUAUCAAUGUAAACGCAAUAAUACUUGGAUACAAUUAGGGAUAGUCUCUUGGGGACGCUCUUGUGUGCAAGCUAGAUAUUACAGCGUGUUUAUGGAUGUAAGAAAAUUCUUGGAGCCAUUUAUUGAAACAAUUCAAAGAGGUCAGAACACUAAUCUAACCAUGUACUACUCAAGAGCAAUUGGAGUUGUGUUUCCAAACUUAUCAGAACGAUAUUCUUCGAAUCUUUCGGGUAUUUUAACGAACAAUGGAGAAUUUUCUGAUAUCGAUAUGGUUGGAUAUUUUCGAAUACUUCCUUAUCAGAUUGAGCUUGUGAAGAAAACAACCUUACUCGAUCUUAUUACGGUUUCCGGACAGCAAAAUUUAGCUUCAAAUACGACGACAAUACAACAUAUUGCUUCUGUUCUUGUCCGAUAUUUAAGUAGCCUGUAUGCUGAUUUUAGAUCUGGACGAUCGGGCAGACGUACUUUUACACCUGAUUCAAAUAGUACGAUUGGGGGAACUGGUAGUUGUUCCUUUGAAGAUGGCAUUAACAAUUCCAGAUGCACAUGGAAGAAUGUUAAUUAUCCACUUGACAACUUUGAUUGGACCAUCCAUUCCGGCUCAACAUCAAGUUCGAAUACUGGGCCUAGCUCAGACAGAAGAGGAUUGACUACCGGAAAAUACAUUUACAUUGAAACAUCAAGUCCCCGUAUGUUGGGUGAUAAAGCUUGGUUGGUUAGCAACUAUUUUAAUACAACAACCAGAUGUUUUACAUUUUGGUAUCAUAUGUAUGGAUCAACAAUUGGUUCUCUUAAUAUAUACCAACAAUAUAUGGGAGGUAGAUUAAAGCUGUUAUGGACGUUAAGUGGCAAUAGAGGAAAUCAAUGGUCCAGAGCUCAAGUUACAACCAACUUUACCGAAGCAAAAACGAGGAUCAUCGUUGAAGGUGUCCGUGGCUCCAGCUAUACGGGUGAUAUUGCUCUAGAUGAUUUUGUUUUUCUUAAUGGUUCAUGUGAUAUCCAUCCCACAUAUGCUGAACCUCGUCUUAUCAAUACUACAGCAACCAUUUACCCAACUCCGACGAUUUCCUACCCCACACCUACCACAACAACCACAAUUGGUGCAAAUGGACCAACUUUAUUUGACGAUUGUGUCGAAGCCCAUGAGAAAUCUUGUUCAAGCGAUGAAAAAAAAUACUAUCUCAAAUCACGAAACGAUUUGGGUUAUGAUGAAACGGAAUGUCAUAUAGGUGGUAGCAUAAACCUUGGAUGUACUGGUAUCGGAUGGACAUUUCUUGGAAACAUAAGUGGAAGCUCCUCAUCAAGCUCAACAAAUUACGAGUCGAGAAUUUGGCAGUCAAAAGAAGACGAACAAACAAACUUUAAUUCUCAAUUUUGGAGUGCCAGUGUCUCCACUAUUUGUCUGCAGACAUACUACGGCUUUAUGCAAAUUUCAGUUUCAGCACCAUCUGCUCGUAGUUUAUUUUUCGGUCAAAAGCUCUUGAACAUUUCAGCAUCAUAUUUUUUAACUUCUUUUACAAAACUAUGGAUGCACACACAGCUGCCAAAUUUUUCAUCGGGAUGUUACGAUAGUGGAUUCAACGUUGGAGAUGUAAAUUUCAUUCAGGCUCGUUUUGGUAUUGUUUCUGUUAACAGACCAGGAUGUAAUAAUACUGUUGCUCAAGCCAUUGGUGUAGGAAUAAAAAUACCUGGGAGGAAGAAUAUCAGUGUUAACGGUGUGGUUACCAAUGUAAUGUCACUUAAUUUUGCUUCCUACCUAGACUUUAGCUUUUAUGUUCGUUCCCGUCCUCCUAGAACUUAGUUUUUGAUUCUUAGUUUUAAUCUGCUAUUAUGCCGCCUGCACUUACUUAUGUGAUUCCAAUAUAGCUAAUUUAGUCUAUUGCCUAUGAUAAAUUUUUUUGUAAGUUAGAUUUAUAAGCACAACACCACUUGUUCAUUUUAAAAAAUGUUAGACUUAUCUUCCACAACAAAAGACACUAAAGUAAAAAAAGCACUGAAAUGAAGCGUAUCAGUUUUAUGUCUAGUAAAUGAAUAUUGUGCUAGUUAAUUUAGAAAUAAUAUAAUAUGAUGUAUCUACUUAUAAAUAAUGGUUAUGCCUUAAUAAACAUAGUCAUCACAAA